AUGGAGCAUACUGCGCAAGUGACAUUGUACACUCUUCUUAUGUCGGACAGGUACCAGAAGCAUAUUGAUACUGGUCUUCUAUGUUAUCUCCAGUCAGAUCAGACACAGGGAGUUGCGGUUAGAAGAUCUGACCUGGUCGGGAUAAUCAUGCGACGUAAUGAACUUGCAAAUGAUAUCCUCAAGGCAUCACGAACACAAGUACUGCCCCCGAUGCUAAAGAGUCAGAGCAUGUGCAGAGGUUGUCGCCAUCUAAAUGUUUGUACCAUCUAUCACAAGGCACAUGGAGGAAGCUCAGGGAGCAGUGGAUUGGGAGACUUAUUUGAUUCAAAUACACAUCACCUAACAAAUGCUCAUGCUGCUUUCCUAAGGCUGUGGGAUUGGUUGAUUGAUUUGGAAGCUAAAGAGAUGCAGCUUCCAUAUUCGAAGUCUAAAAAAGAUAACAGAUUCGUGUAUCAUUUUCUGCGUAAUGGUUUGCCUUCUCUCAGCGAGAGGACAUCUAACGGAGAUUUUUUGAAUGCUGCUUCAUCUCCAACAAAAGAAGUGGAUUGCGCACUAAGAUGUGGUGACUUUGUGAUACUUAGCAGUGAAUCUAGUCAUCUACCUGUUGCAAGUGGGAUUGUAACGGAUAUAAGUCACUCCCAUGUAUCUGUUUCUUUCUCUAAGCUCUUACGACUUCCUGGGAGCAGUCCUUCUUCAGAGGCAAGUCAUCUCCUUGAGGAGAUCUGGCGGGUUGACAAAGAUGAAUUCAUGACAUCAUUUUCAGUAAUGAGGUUGAACCUUGUUCAACUUUUUCUUCAAAGUGCACAAGCUGCUCACGUGAGAAAAAUGAUUGUUGACUUAGAGGCUCCUAGAUUUGACAAGGGAUGUAUAUUGAGCCAGGAUCCAGCAAUAUCUUAUGUCUUGUCCCAGAGAAAUUUAAAUGUUGAUCAGCGGCAAGCCAUUCUUAAGAUACUUGCAGCAAAGGAUUACGCACUUAUACUAGGAAUGCCUGGAACAGGCAAGACAUCUACGAUGGUGCAUGCUGUGAAAGCCUUGUUGAUUAGAGGUGCAUCCAUUUUGCUUACGUCCUACACAAACUCUGCUGUUGAUAAUCUACUUGUCAAAUUAAAGGCUCAGAAUAUAGAUUUUUUACGCAUUGGAAGACAUGAAGCUGUGCAUGAGGAAGUUCGAGGGCAUUGCUUUUCAGUGGUUUCCAUGACAGAAAUGAACAUACAAAGUGUGGAAGACAUUAAAUUAAGACUAGACCAAGUCAAGGUGGUAGCUGUUACAUGCUUGGGGAUCACCAGUCCCUUGCUUGCCAAUAAGAGAUUUGAUGUAUGCAUCAUGGAUGAAGCUGGACAAACCACCCUUCCAGUAUCUCUUGGGCCUUUGAUGUUUGCAUCAAAGUUUGUUCUGGUUGGCGAUCAUUAUCAAUUACCUCCUCUGGUCAAGGCUCGAGAAAAUGGAAUGGGGGUAAGCUUGUUUUGCAGGCUCUCAGAAGCGCAUCCUCAGGCAAUCUCAGCCUUGCAAAGCCAGUACCGUAUGUGUCAAGGCAUUAUGGAACUGUCAAAUGCCUUGAUAUAUGGAGAUAGAUUGCGCUGUGGCUCUCCUGAAAUAGCUAAUGCCAAACUCGACUUUUUCAAGUUCAAAGUCUCGUUCGUCGUGGAUACAGGAGGAUACGGAUAUCAGAAUCUUUUGACACAGCUUGUACAUCUUUCCUCUGCUUCUAUGUUUCAGAUACAUCCCUCCAGUGUGUUUCAAUUCCAGAUUGUGCUUAGGGAAUUCAUUAAGAGCAAAGUGUGUCUUGUCAUCCACGACCUUCAAGUGGUGUUAAAUCCAACCAAACCAGUUAUAUUUAUUAAUACAGAUGCUUUACCUGCUUUUGAGGCAAGGGAUCACAAGAUUGUGAAUAACCCGAUGGAAGCUCACAUAAUUGUACAGGUUGUGGAGGAACUAGUUAACAGUGGAAUUAAGGAGGAAGAUAUUGGCGUCAUCACCCCAUAUAACUCUCAGGCAGAGAUUAUCCGGCUUUCCAUCAAUCAUACCUCUGUGGAGAUACAUACCAUUGACAAAUACCAGGGAAGAGAUAAGGAUUGCAUACUAGUGUCUUUUGUUAGGUCAACGGAAAAUCCAAGGAAUUGCUCUUCUUCACUGCUUGGAGACUGGCAUAGGAUUAAUGUGGCUCUUACUCGUGCCAAGGUAAGAAUCACAUUGGUGUUCUGGCUCGAUUAG